AUGUUAUAUCAUGGAGAAUGCGUGUGGAUUCAUGUUUUUCCUUUUAUGUUGGUUUCUUUGAUGUCUUCAAUCCGUGCCGACUAUACUUUACAGUGUGGUGAAAAUGAAUACUUAAACCAGACCACAGGCAUGUGCCAAGCAUGUCCCCAGUGCCAGGCGGGUGAAGAACCUGUUUCAAACUGUGGCUAUGGAAUGAAGGAAGAAUUCUAUGGCUGCAAUCCUUGCCAGAAUGGAAAAUUUUCAAAGGGUGUGUAUCAGAUCUGUAGAAGACACAGAGAUUGUGAGGGUUUUUUUCGAGCCACUGUGCAUAUAUCAGGCACUUCAGAAACUGAUGCCGAAUGCGGACCUUGUUUACCAGGUUAUUAUAUACUGGAUAACAAAUCAAGGAAUACCUACACAAUGGUUUGCCAUUCUUGUUCAUUGGCACCUCCUAACACAAAGGAAUGUAUAAGCAGAACAACACCUGCGAGUGUAUCAAGUGGCACUAUAGACACCAUCGCAGAUUCUCCCGUGUUACUUGAAACACACAAAGCAGAUCAUGGCAGACAAGGUCACCUCGGCACUGCAUUGAUAAUUGCGAUGUCCACUAUAUUUAUAAUGGCUGUAGCAAUUGUCUUAAAUGUCCUCUUCUACAUUUUGAAGGCAAAUAAGUCUUCAAACCAGACUUGUUGCAGUGGUCACUCAGUGAAGAACGUUGAAGACCAAAUCAAUAAACAGGAAGACAAGAAGGAAGUGCAAGAAAAUGUUGUAAUAUUCUCUGAGAAAGAUGAAUUUGAAAAGGAACUGAAGGCAGUGCCAGCUAAAACAGUGAAAAAUGAAAAUGACGCCUCCUCAGAAAAUGAGCAACUUUUGAGUCGGAGCAUGGACAGCGAUGAGGAAGCUGCGUUAGACAAGCGAGGGAUAACUGAUUUAUGCCUCUUGUCACUGGUCCCUUUAACGAGAGACAAACCAUCAGCAAACAACAGAACAACUGGGACACAGAGCCGAAGGGAAAAGAUUCUUGAACUGUGCAAGAAGAUGUGCAGCGUUACAGAAGGGCUCAGCCCUACAGAGCUGCCUUUUGACUGCCUGGAGAAAACCAGCAGGAUGUUGAGCUCCACCUACAGCACGGACAAAGCUUUUGUGAAAACAUGGCGUCAUCUGGCGGAGAGCUUUGGAUUGAAGAGGGACGAAAUUGGUGGAAUGACUGAUGGAAUGCAACUUUUUGACCGCAUAAGUACUGCAGGUUACAGCAUCCCUGACCUGCUGACCCGGCUGGUGCACAUCGAAAGAAUGGACGCUGUGGAAGCCUUGUGUACGGACAUUCUGGAGUGGACACAAGUUGCAUCCAGAGCCAAUCCUGCUGUGUUAUCCAAAGGUCAGAGCUUGUAGUCACGGGGUAGGGAAUGCAGCAUGAAGAAGCAUUGAUCGUGGGCUAAAAAUAAAACACUGUUUCUUGGGCUGUCUUAUAAUUGCCUAAGAUGACAAAGAUCACAA